AUCCCUCCUUAUAUAAUAGAGGAAUUCCUGCAGACGAAGGAGGUUAUAAAUCUUGCCAUGCACGUAUGUCAACUAGAGUUUUUUUUGCCAUCGGUUUGCAUGUUCGUAGAGUUAUAUGACGGCAGGACUCACAUUUCAAGAUGAAUGGAACGAUACAAGAGACAAAUCCGAUUGUGUACAUCAGCAGAACGGAAUCAUUUUCUGCAUGUCAUAGGUUACACAGCACACAACUUAGUGACGAAGAAAAUAAAAAGAUAUUUGGAAAAUGUAACAACCCAAAUGGUCAUGGACAUAACUAUUCAGUUGAGGUGAUUCUGCGAGGUCCAGUAGAUCCUGUCACAGGUAUGGUGAUGAAUUUGACAGACCUGAAAAAGUUUAUGAACAUGGCGAUAAUGGAUGUAAUGGACCACAAAAAUGUCGAUAAAGAUGUACCCUACUUUAAAAAUGUUAUCAGCACAGCAGAAAAUAUUGCUGUAUUCAUCUGGAAAAGUCUCUCCAAACAUCUGGAGCCUGGGCUUUUAUACGAGGUCAAAGUUCACGAGACUGGAAAGAAUGUUGCAUUUUAUAGAGGAGAAUAUGUGUAACUAGUUUUAGAAUUGGUUGAAUAUUGUCAAAAAAUCAAUGGAAAUGUCUAAUAGAGGGUUGUAUGGAUGAGAUUUUGUUCUAUUUUGCAUUCAGUAUUAUUUUUGUUUUCUGGUCAUUUUGUUAAAUGUUUUCCGGUCUGAUCCAAAGAAUCUCCUUUAAUAACAGUUAAGUUUGUUAUUAUUUGAAUGAAGGUUUAUGUAGACAGUAAGUUGUCUUUAUAUACUAUUGAACUAGUCUACUUACUACAUUUGUAUUGAUUAAGUUUUGUAUUAAUUAUGUAUUUGUUGUUCUUAUAUUUCUUUUGAAUUCCAAAGAUAGAUCUGGUAACCAAACAUAUGAUACUAGUAUUAAACCAUUGUCCAAUAACAGCAUGGCACAUUCUAAACUGUCCGGCUCUUUCCACCAUGGAGUUAUUGGGGACCAAAUCCUUAGUUGUUUGUAAUGGCACAUCCCUUUAUAUAUCAGUAAUCACAUCUUUUUUUUGAUGGAAGGAAAUAUGAUAUAAAGUGGAAUAUGCCAUUUAAAGAUGCUACAUGAAUGAAAUAUAUAUGUUUCAAAGUUUUGCUGGGUUGAAACUUAACAGAAAAUGUGUUAAAGCUGCAAUUUUGUCCCAUAUUAAUGUCAUGUAUUAUAGUGUGUACAUGUAUACUGUAUUGUAUCUCUCAUUAUAGUAAAAAUGUAUUUGAAUAAAGAUCUGCUCUUUGAUCAUGUCACAACUAGCUUUACUAUAUGUUUAAAUAUUUGUCUUUGGGGUGAUCAUCUUUUGUUUAAAUCUGAAUGUACUUCACUACGAUGGUUAUUUUGUUUUAUUUCAGCUUGUCUGUAACAUUUUAUGUUUUGGUUCAAAAUAAAAUCAAAAUCACUGAUUUA